CACUCACACAACGCGCUCAGGAGUCGACCAACAAAGUGCCGAGAUUUUACGAAGCAGCCGAAAACACCAGCGAAAAACGUGACCAGGAAUUAGCGAAACGACUUUUGUUUCACGUAUAUUUAAGUUAUUUCUUCCUCAUUAUUUCUCCUUUUGUCUUACAACUGUCGUCUCUUUUUGGAAAGUUAAGAUGAGGAAUCUGCGGUUGUUGUUUCUCGUCGGGCUGGCGACUGGCUUUAUCAGUGAAAAACUUUUUGUGUCCUCCCAGACACCCUCUUCCACGACAGACGACUUGUAUAUAGAGGGCCACACGUCAGGUGGCCUCCCGAUAGAUGACGAAGAUGGUGAUGUUGAUGGCUCAGGCUCUGGAUCCGGAGACUAUGACGUCACGUAUAAAGAAGAGAUAGUCAGGAGGAUCCUCAACAUCUCUCAGACCACAGUCUCCAAAGAAAUGGUUCCUACUCAAUCGCAGCCAACAGCAACCUCUCCUCAAAACCCAUCAACCACAGCAGCAGACAGCCAGGAUCCAUCAACCACAGUGGAGGAGGACACAGAGACACCGUUUGUAUUACCUAAAGGCAAUGAUGAGGAGGUGGCAGGCCCAACAGCUGAUUGGUUCACAGAGAGUACCCGUCCCAGCUCCACUAGCGAGCCAAGUGAAACAACUGAAUUGGGCAUGGACAUCACCGUAAACAAAGACACCGAAGAGGACAACAGUCUGGUGUCGACACCCAAAAACCGGAAAGAUGAAGUCGAGGAGGUUGACAAUGAACUUCUGGAGAAAAAUGGCAGAGGCAGCAUAAUAUAUGAGAUGGACUCCCCUGAAGAGGUGACCUCUGAGAACAUGUGGGAGAGGACAGAAGUGCUGGCAGCGGUGAUAGCGUGCGGAGUGGUCGGAUUCCUCUGUGCUGUUUUCCUCCUCCUCCUCCUUGCAUACCGUAUGAAGAAGAAGGACGAAGGUAGCUACGACCUGGGAGACACCAAAGUUUCCACAACAGCCUAUCACAAAGCGCCUACCAAGGAGUUCUACGCCUAAAUUGACCAAAAGGGACUUUAAAUGGAGUCUGUCUCCUCCCAGUCAGGACUAAGAAUGGAUCUAUAAACACCUGAAGACGAUUCCUCUCGAUGAAGUUUGAAGUCAAGCACCUCUGUUCUUCUUCAGUGCCUCCACCAUUAUUUUUUUCCAUCUUUCCUAACUUCUUCCUCUGCUUCCCCUUUACAUCUCGCUCUAUGAUGUUCAUUGUUUGUGAAGAAGAUCAUAAGGGAACAAAUAAGACUUUAAAAAUAAAUUCCUAUCAUUCCAUUCUGGGGAAGGAGUCAGACAUUAAAUACACAUCCUCAAUUUCAAGAAAGGAGUCUUUUCUAGAAUAUCCAAAUGGAUCACAACUGCUCUAGUCCAGCAAAGUAGUCAGCUUCAGAAUACUGAAAACACUGUGCUUUUAGAUUCACAAUACUUCUGUAAACUGAACCACACUGGGCCGGGCUUGGUUCUGAUUUACAGACAGAUUUAUUGUCGCAUAUAGCAGAACUACAGCCGGAGCUGUCGCAGCGCAGCUUAACAACACUGAGGAAGUUCACAGAAACAUUUGAAUAGCCUUAACGCAGUUUGAAUACUGGUAAUUAAAAUGGUACGCUGUAUGGGAUUAGUAUUACAAAGGGCCUUCAAAAUUUAAACCCUUUUCCCUUUAUUUGAGGUCAAAUUUGUUUAACAUUUUUCAUUGUUACAUUUCAUUUUCUGUACGCUUUCUGUGCUGAAUUGAUUUUUUGUUCUUGUGAGGAAUGAAUAUGUUUUUUCAUAUGCUGUCCAGUAUUGGAUUGAGAGAUUUUUUUACUCUGCAGGUACAUAUUUUUGUUGUUUUCUCACAGAUAUUUGACACUUAUAGAAUUGACCAAAUAUAAAUGUGCUUUAUUUGUCUUUUGGAAAAUUAUUUUACUAGCUUUUUUUAAAUGUAUUUUGAUGUUAAGAGAUUAUAUUUCCUUAAGCCAUUUUUAAGAUAUUUCAGUUUUUUUCAUUGCGUUCAGUGGUAGUCUUUAGGCUGUCAACCUUGCAUCCAACAUAAGUAAUAUUUUCAGGAUUAUUUUAUUCAGUGACUGAGUGCUGCAAGCACGUGGAACAGGGUUGCUAAGGUAGAGCCAGGGCGAAUGACUAUAAUUCAGAAACCAUAGAGGUGACCAUCGUUUUCUGAAGCAGCCAAAGCACAUUCCUCUCUAACUGUCAGCUAUAUGCAGCUAGCAAUAGCAGGUUUGAACUUAAAGGGACAGUGACAUGUAACUGACAGGUGGAUAGCAAAUCUGCAAUUUAUUUACUACUCACAAAUUAUUUUUAAUUAGUUGCAAGUAAGAUAGUGCAAGCAUGUCAGGUUUUAGAUGUGUGUUUCCUAAUAAUCAGUUUACCUCAGCCAGCCAACCCAAAGAGCUUGGGACCUUCUAGAGAUUUGGGGAGCUUCAAUGAGGAUACAGGGGGCAGUUAACAGCACCAACAACAGGGUGGUAUUCCCUUUUUUAAUAGUGCAUAAUCUUUGCUUGUAUACACCCUGUUAAAUAUAUAUAUUUUAGUGACAAUAUUGGGGAUUUCCCCUAUGUAUAGUCUGUGAUGAAUCUUAACCAACUACCUACUGCCUAUUGUGUGUCAAAGAAAAGUGCUUUUUAAAUCAGCCUCUUAUUGAACAGGGGGAAAUGUCUUAGCAGCUUUAUUUGUGGCCUUAAACCUUUGUGGAUAGGUCAAAUAAAAAUUUUUAAACCAACUUUGGUCAUCAAAAUGACUGCGGUCAGUGGUCAGUGCAUACAGAGAGGUGGGGAUAAGUGGUAAAAAUAUGAGUUGACCUGUCUCGAUCCACACAUUCUCAGUGAAAUUAUAUUGUUUUUUAAUUCUGUUGCUCUGAUUUGAAUGACUGAGAUCGAGUUCAACUGAGGAAUGUUUAAUUGGUACAAGCAUUUCCUAAUAGGAUUGAAAUGGCAAUCUUUGCUUGUUUUUUGAUUACCUUGUUUCAAAGGUCACCACCCCCAUAUGUUGCAAAAUGUUUAGUGGCAGUGUUUUUUGGCUAUUAAAAGCUUGAUCCCCGUUCAUGAGGCAGUACCCUCAGUGAAGGUUGGUGAGUAAGGCUACAUUUUUUUGUGUGUGUAUGUGUUUUUAGUCAAGUCUUAAUAGUGUUUACAUGAUAUAUUUAUCUUUUCCAUAAUAGAAAAUACUAUUUUGAAGCAGUUUCAGGUUAUAUGAAUGCAAAUGCAAACUACCUAUUCACCACAGCUGGAUUACCCAGACAAAUUCAUCACUAACCCACUGUGACUUACUGUUGAUAACGUGAAAUGUGUCAGGCACUGGAACCCUCUGUGCCUUGCAAUACAUCGUAUAUAUUCAUUUACAGCUGCUUUGACCUUUGAGCUGUACAGAACCUCAACUGGAUUAAUUCUGGGCGAGACUGCUGUGCUGUUGGUCCAGGAAAGACACAUACAUUUUUGUUAGUAUGGACAACAGGAAUGUCAGAGAAAUGUCUGACAUAAACUGUACCCAUAGAGGGUUAGGACAACAACCUUUCUGUUCUAGGAUCUCUGUAAGGUAUACAGUAUGCUGAUGAUACUAUAAUUUAUAUGUAUUAAUUUAUACUUGCUUAUGCUAAGACUAUAAUCUGGAUUAAUAUGCCAGUGAUAAACUGGGAUUGUACAGUAUAUAGUCAUGAUCGAGUCUUUGUGCCCACUGCUCAGUUUUGUUUUUAAAUGUCUUGUUUUUAGUGUUUUUGACAAGCUUCGGUUCAAUUCAUUUUCAAUUUCAGUAUCAGUUGUCUAGAUUUUCUUAAACACCUUUUUUUUAUCUAAAUACAUGCCAUAAAUAAUUACAUAGGAAUAAUAAGUUCCUUGUAAAUAUAUUCAAGCUUUAAUUUUCAGUUUAAUCGAAAUUGAAUAUGAAUUGCCUGAAGCCUUGAGUUGAACAAAUAAACGCCUACACAAAGGUGGCAACCAACCAAAAAUCGACUUGCAGAUAAGAUGGUCACAUAAAUCCACGAGUUGGCCAAGAGAGAACUGUGUUGCUGAAAUUGUGUAUUUUAUGAGGUUCACUACAUCAUAAAAGAUGCAGCUUUAAUGCAA